UUUUUUUAUCUGUGGCCAUCGAUUUUGAGUGUCUUUUCCAUUCAGCCUCCUCUUCUUUCCAAGUGUCUUGACUUGAAUGAGAUGCUGCCCCCCUCAGCCACCUCCUCUGAUUGUCUUUGAAGAAUAAAACUCUGAAACCCUGAAACAGAGGCUCUCCCUGGUUUUUUGUCUUCUGGGUUUAGGGUUUUGGGGGUGGAGAUGGGGACUUUCAGGCGACAGUUGGUAGCCAUGCUUCGGAAGAACUGGCUUCUCAAGAUACGUCAUCCUUAUGUUACUUUGGCCGAGCUUAUACUUCCGACUGUAGUCAUGCUGUUGCUAAUUGUAGUAAGAACCAGAGUUGAUACACAGAUUCAUCCCGCACAACCGUACAUUCGGAGGGGGAUGUUUGUAGAAGUGGGUAAAGGUGAUAUUUCUCCUAGUUUCAAUCAGAUUCUUGGAUUAUUAAUGGCUAAGGGUGAGUAUCUGGCCUUUGCACCGGACACAGUUGAGACGAGGACAAUGCUUGAUUUAUUGUCUCUAAGGUUUCCUCUCCUAAAGAUGGUUGCCAGGGUUUACCAAGAUGAGCUAGAGCUGGAAACAUAUAUACAUUCAGAUCUUUAUGGUGCUAGUAAUGAAGACAAGAACUGUUCAAAUCCUAAAAUCAAAGGAGCAAUUAUAUUUCAUGAACAAGGCCCUCAAUUAUUUGACUACAGUAUACGCCUUAACCAUUCAUGGGCUUUUUCAGGAUUUCCUGAUGUCAAAACUAUCAUGGACACCAAUGGACCCUAUCUCAAUGAUUUGGAAUUGGGUGUUGACACUGUACCAACUCUUCAGUAUGGAUUCAGUGGUUUUCUGACUCUACAGCACGUAAUAGAUUCAUUUAUUAUAUUUGCUUCUCAACAAGAUGAAGCUAAAAUUGCCCUGGAAGACAAUGAACCGUCUUUAAAUUCAUCUGGAACUGCCUCUGUCAAGCUUCCCUGGACACAAUUUGGUCCUUCAAACAUAAGGAUUGCUCCAUUUCCCACUCGGGCAUACACUGAUGAUGAGUUUCAAUUCAUCAUCAAGAAGGUUAUGGGUGUACUGUACCUUUUAGGAUUUCUCUACCCAAUUUCUCGUCUGGUCAGCUAUUCCGUGUUUGAGAAGGAACAGAAGAUUAAAGAAGGUCUUUAUAUGAUGGGCUUGAAAGAAGAGAUAUUCUAUCUUUCUUGGUUUAUUACAUAUUUUUUCCAGUUUGCCAUUUCUUCUGGUGUCAUAACAAUCUGUACAAUGGGGAGCCUUUUCAAGUAUAGUGAUAAGUCAGUGGUUUUCAUGUACUUCUUUUUGUUUGGACUCAGUGCAAUCAUGCUUUCCUUUUUGAUCUCUACAUUCUUCACUCGAGCAAAGACAGCUGUUGCAGUUGGGACGCUUGCUUUCCUUGGAGCCUUCUUCCCUUAUUAUACAGUCAAUGAUCCAGAUGUCCCUAUGAUAUUAAAAGUUAUUGCUUCUUUGCUUUCACCUACUGCUUUUGCUCUUGGGACGGUUAAUUUUGCUGAUUAUGAACGUGCUCAUGUUGGAGUUCGUUGGAGCAAUAUAUGGCGGGCAUCAUCUGGAGUUAACUUUUUGGUUUCUCUCAUUAUGAUGUUACUUGAUUCAAUUUUAUACUGCGCAAUUGGUCUAUACCUGGAUAAGGUACUUCCUAGGGAGAAUGGAGUUCAUUAUCCAUGGAACUUUUUAUUCAAGAGUCGGUAUCGGCAGAAGAAAAGCAUGAUGCAAGAUGAUGCAUCUGGUCUAGGGGUUAAAGUAAACAAUAAGUUUUGCAAUAAUGGUGUCAUGUUUAAUGAUAUUUCUAUGCCUACUAUUGAAGCAAUAAGCUUGGAUAUGAAACAACAAGAGCUUGAUGGAAGAUGUAUUCAAAUCAGGAAUCUGCAUAAGGUAUACGUUACUGAAAAGGGCAAAUGUUGUGCUGUGAACUCAUUACAGCUUACCUUAUACGAAAAUCAGAUUCUUGCUCUUCUGGGGCACAAUGGAGCUGGCAAAAGCACAACCAUUUCUAUGCUUGUUGGCCUUUUGCCUCCUACUUCAGGGGAUGCUUUGGUUUUUGGAAAGAAUAUCCUAACUGACAUGGAUGAGAUACGGAGGAGUUUGGGCAUAUGCCCGCAACAUGAUAUUCUCUUUCCAGAGCUUACCGUCAAGGAACAUUUGGAAAUAUUUGCCAUUUUGAAGGGGGGUGAUGAAGGGUCAUUGGACAACAUUGUGACUGAAAUGAUUGAUGAAGUGGGUUUGGCAGAUAAAGUCAACACAGUUGUUAGUUCUCUUUCUGGUGGCAUGAAGAGAAAACUGUCUCUUGGAAUUGCACUCAUAGGAAAUAGUAAGGUUAUUAUUCUUGAUGAGCCUACUAGUGGAAUGGAUCCAUAUUCAAUGCGUUCGACAUGGCAAUUGAUCAAGAAGAUCAAAAAGGGGAGGAUAAUUUUAUUGACCACACACUCUAUGGAUGAGGCUGAUGUGCUAGGAGAUCGGAUUGCUAUAAUGGCUAAUGGCUCUUUGAGAUGCUGUGGAAGUUCUCUUUUCCUGAAGCAUCAAUAUGGUGUUGGUUAUACUCUUACUUUGGUCAAGACAUCAGCUUGUGCUUCUGUAGCUGCUGACAUUGUUUAUCGUCAUGUUCCAGAUGCAACACGCUUGAGUGAUGUUGGUACAGAGAUUUCCUUCAGACUUCCAAUAGCAUCCUCAUCUUCCUUUGAAAGUAUGUUCCGUGAGAUUGAAAGUUGUAUGAGAAGACCAGCCAAUAUCUCUGAAACAAGUUCUAGUGAUGAAGUGUGUUGUCUAGGCAUUGAGAGUUACGGUAUCUCAGUCACAACUUUGGAGGAGGUCUUCCUGAGAGUUGCUGGAUGUGGCAUUGACAAAAUUGAGCAUAUUGAGCGGAAUACGGAUCUUGUCAGUUCUAAUUCUGUGGUUUCUAAUGCCUGCCAUCAGCAUCUUCAAUCAAAAACCUUAAGUUCCAAAAUACCUUGUGGAAAUUUCGUUAAGAUUCUUGGAACAAUGUGUAGUACAAUUGUCAGAGCAUGUUUCUUGAUUCUUGCUACAGUUUUCAGUUUCAUAGGCUUCUUAAGUAUGCAAUGCUGUAGCUUUUGUUUUAUCACAAAAUCUACAUUCUGGCAGCAUUCUAAAGCUCUUAUCAUAAAGAGGGUAAUAUCUGCUCGCAGAGACCGUAGAACAAUUGUUUUCCAACUGUUUAUUCCUGCUGUUUUCUUGCUUUUUGGACUUCUUUUCCUCAAGCUUAAGCCACAUCCUGAUCAGCAGUCUGUGACAUUCACAACGUCACAUUUUAACCCUCUGUUACGAGGUGGGGGUGGUGGAGGUCCAAUUCCUUUUGAUUUGUCUUGGCCUCUUGCAAGAAAGGUUGCACAAUAUGUGGAAGGGGGUUGGAUUCAGAGGUUCAAACCAAGUUCAUACAAAUUCCCCAAUUCUGAUAAGGCUCUUGCUGACGCUAUUGAAGUUGCUGGACCAAUAUUGGGCCCAAUUCUUAUUUCUAUGAGUGGAUUUUUAAUGACUAGCUUGAAUGAAUCAUAUCAGUCAAGGUAUGGGGCAAUUGUUAUGGAUGAUGAGAAUGCUGAUGGAAGUUUAGGAUAUACUGUACUUCACAACAGUUCUUGCCAGCAUGCAGCUCCUACCUAUAUAAAUUUGAUGAAUGCUGCAAUUUUAAGGCUUGCAACUCGUAAUGGAAGUAUGAGGCUUCGGACACGCAAUCAUCCAUUGCCAAUGACAAAGAGUCAGCAUGCACAGCGUCAUGAUCUUGAUGCAUUCUCUGCUGCAAUUAUUGUUAAUAUUGCCUUCUCCUUCAUUCCUGCCUCUUUUGCAGUGUCCAUUGUUAAGGAACGUGAAGUAAAAGCAAAGCAUCAGCAACUUAUUAGUGGGGUGUCUGUACUGUCAUAUUGGACUUCCACGUACAUAUGGGACUUUAUCAGCUUCUUGUUUCCUUCAUCCUUUGCUAUAAUUCUCUUUUACAUAUUUGGUCUGGAUCAGUUCAUAGGAAAUGGUUGUUUCUUGCCAACUAUCUUCUUGUUUCUAGAAUAUGGAUUAGCAAUCGCAGCAUCAACAUAUUGUCUCACUUUUUUCUUUUCUGAGCACUCUAUUGCGCAGAAUGUGGUUCUUUUGGUACACCUGUUUACUGGACUCAUUCUCAUGGUUAUUUCAUUCAUAAUGGGGCUUAUUCCAGCAACUGAACAUGCAAACUUGUUUCUUAAGAACUUUUUUAGAUUAUCACCAGGGUUCUGUUUUGCGGAUGGGCUUGCUUCAUUGGCUCUUCGACGACAAGGAUUUAAACAUGGAUCUGAUGAUGGAAUUCUUGACUGGAAUGUGACUGGUGCUUCUAUCUGUUAUUUAGGUGUUGAGAGUAUUGUUUACUUCAUUUUCACAAUUGGGCUUGAACUCUUGCCUCCUCACAAGUUAACAUCUUACACAAUGAAGAAAUGGUGGAAGACUUUUAGAAAUCACCCUGAUGGCUCUUCCCAGAGUCUUUUAGAACCCUUUCUGAAAUCAUCAUCAUCUCAAGUUUCUGCUUUUGAUGUUGAUGAAGAUGUAGAUGUGCAGGCCGAAAGACACAGAGUGCUUUCUGGUUCUGCUGAAAAUGCUAUAAUCUACUUGCAAAAUCUUCGGAAGGUCUAUCCUGGAGGAAGGAAUCAGACUGAAAAAGUUGCAGUUCAUUCAUUAAGUUUCUCUGUUCAAGAAGGAGAAUGCUUUGGUUUUCUAGGAACAAAUGGAGCUGGGAAAACUACCACCUUAUCAAUGUUAUCUGGGGAAGAGUGUCCAACAGAUGGAACUGCUUAUAUUUUUGGCAAUGAUAUAUGUUCAAAGCCCAAGACUGCUCGUCGACAUAUUGGUUACUGCCCACAAUUUGAUGCGCUGCUGGAGUUUCUAACAGUCCAAGAGCAUCUUGAGCUUUAUGCAAGAAUUAAAGGAGUUUCAGAAAACAGAAUGAAAGAUGUUGUCAUGGAAAAGUUGGUGGAAUUUGAUUUGUUCAAGCAUUCUAACAAACCGUCAUUUUCUCUUAGUGGAGGAAACAAACGCAAACUAUCUGUUGCAAUUGCUAUGAUUGGAAAUCCUCCUAUAGUUAUUCUCGAUGAGCCAUCUACAGGUAUGGAUCCCAUAGCCAAACGAUUUAUGUGGGAAGUGAUAUCCCGCCUUUCAACCAGACUGGGGAAGACAGCAGUUAUUCUGACUACUCAUAGUAUGAAUGAAGCUCAGGCCUUGUGUACGCGGAUUGGAAUAAUGGUUGGCGGUAGGCUUCGAUGCAUUGGAAGUCCCCAGCAUCUGAAAACACGUUUUGGGAAUCAUCUUGAGCUAGAGGUGAAGCCUACUGAGGUCAGUUCUACAGAGUUGGAGAAACUGUGCCGAAGAAUUCAAGAUAAGCUUUUUGAGGUUCAAUGCCAUUCAAGAAGCAUAUUGAGUGACCUUGAAGUCUGCAUUGGAGCAAUUGACUCCAUAACACCAGAAAAUGUUUCGGUGGCAGAGAUUAGCUUGUCACAAGAGAUGAUUAUGAUAAUUGGACACUGGCUUGGGAAUGAAGAAAGAAUAAGGGCGCUUUUAUCUUCUAUACAUGUUACUGAUAGUGUGUUUGGCGAGCAAUUAUCAGAGCAACUAAAACGUGAUGGUAUUUUCAUCCUGUACACCUUCAUUUAA